AUGAGUGUCGAGUUCAACACGCUCAAUCGCAGCUUCCGACCGGGCGACGACCACAUCUGGACAUCUCUUGAAAAGCCCGACGGUGUCAACGGAGCCAUGGAGCUGUACUCACAUAACAUGACGUCUACAAUGUGCGACGACGACGGAACGUGCUUCUUCUACAUCAAGGCUGUAGACGAAGUGAACGUCAUUCAUGUGUACAACAUGUACACGCACCCUCCCGGAUAUGUGGAUGCCUACUUUUUCUAUCGAGCGGCGAUGGUCCAGUCCUGGAAUAAGUUCUGCUUUCAAGGUGGCAUGUUGGAUGUGCGCGCUCAGCUUCCUGGGGCUGUAACUGAAGCGUCUGGAAACCCGGACCUGGCGUUAGGGAAAAACGGCAAGGUCAAGACGACCAAGUACUACCCGACGUGGCCUGGAAUCUGGAUGAUGGGGAAUCUUGGUCGAGCCAUCUUUUCAGCAUCGACAAACCGAAUGUGGCCGUUCUCCUACGAUCGAUGUGAGCUGGACGUGUUUGACCCGGCCAACCAGCGCAUCAGUGCAUAUCGAUCUGCUCGAAGGAGGUGGUCUCGCUGUGUCGUCGUCACUGCAGAUUGCCCCCGGAAUGCCGGAUGA